AUGGACUACCUCAUUGGUUCAUGCCACCUUCCCAUCGAUGAUUUGCUACUCAACAAGUUCUGGAGCCAUUUGGAUUCGGUGCAGGAUCCAUGGGCACUGUCGACGAGUGAUUUUAGAAAGGCUGCAGGCGCCAAUGUGAUCCCUCUUGGGUUCUAUGGAGAUGAGGCGUGUAUUGGCUUGGUGACGGACCCUUACAACCAAAUCUAUGGGCUCCUUAUGUCAGUGGUAUUGUUUCGACCUACAUCGACCAGGAUGUCUCGCUUUCUUUUGUGUUCGGUGGAUAGCCACCGGAUAGAGUCUGCUGAAGGAACCUUUUACCCGGUAUUGGAAAAGAUCACGGAAUCAUUCAACAGACUAUCAUCAGAAGGGGUGCAUGGACGCCGUUGUUUGGUGUCGGAAAUCAGAGGUGACCAAGCUUUCUUCAAGUACAUGUUCAAACAUGAGUCUUGGUGGCGACAUACCAAUGUGUGCUUUCGCUGUCGUGCAACCUCCAAGCCAACACCCUUGAACUAUUGCAUUUAUGAAUCUGCUGAUGGUUGGAACACAACAUGCCGCUCAACCCAGCAAUUCAUUGAAGAGCAGGGGAUGAUGUUGGAUGCUGGAAUCUUUGGUGAUGUUUCCCAGGGCUACGCUGUGGCCCUAGGGGAAGCCUACGAGAAUUUCACCCGCUGGAGGAAGAUCAACAAAAUACAGAGCAGCCAGAAGCGAUUCACACCGGGUCAGCUGUUGAGAGAUGGUUAUGGAUUUUUCCUCAACACCAAAGGCUUUAAUGCGAGGUUGAUUUCUCAAUGGCUGUUUGAUUUGGUGAGAGCGCAUCCGACUGGUGAUCCAAGACAUGAAAUGGUAGAAGUUGCUUUGACCCUUGGACAAAAUGAUAGGACCGCUAUUUGCAGAUACUUCGGGCUGACUGAGCGCGCCUCAAGGUGUUUGUCAUUGGCGGAAGCUGAUUCCAUCGAGCAAGCCGGGAAGACGUUUCUGCUGGCAUACCGGCGGCUCAACACCAUGUGCUGCAGGAUGGGAUGCCUAGCCUGGGUGUUGACACCCAAGUGGCAUGCAAUGGCCCACGUGUUGAUCGAUGUUGUUCGAAAAGCCCGAACAAACCCGCGCAUGCAACACACCUUCGUUGAUGAAGACCAGAUGCGGGUGCUCAAGAGUUGGGCCAAGAGAUCGGCUGGAAAGAGAAGACCCUAUGGAGUAAUUUUUUUGGCCAGAAUGCGCUACAAGAGUUUGCGCUGGCGAAUUCCGAAGCUGAAACAAAAGAGAGGUUGA